AUAUAUCGAGAAAGAAAGAAAAAAGUAAAGUAAAGUAAGCCGCCUCGCCUCAUCUUCAUCGUCUCACCUCGUUGGCUCUCUCUCUAUGGGAAGAAGCCCGAUUUAGGGUUUCGUUCGAUUUAUAUAUCGAUUUGACCAUCGCCGCCAACCUCUAGACUCUUCUGGUUUAAAGACAGUUCUUUUACUUGUGCUUUGUUUAGAGUAUUAUGCCUAAAGAGAGGAAAGACCGAUCUGUAUCUCAUGAAAGGUUAAGAUCAUCGCCUUUGUAUUGUGAGUCAAGUCGUGCUCUGAAGCCAAGUGAGAAGCAAGUUAAGGAAUGGGAAGAAGCUCGAUGUCCUGUCUGUAUGGAACAUCCUCACAAUGGCAUCCUUCUCAUUUGCUCUUCCUUUGAUAAAGGUUGCCGUCCUUACAUGUGUGACACUAGCCACCGUCACUCAAACUGCUUCGAUCAGUACCGCAAAGCUCCUAAACAGACACCGACUGAGACUGAUGGUGUAGCUUCAGACUCCACCAUUGUAGAUUUGAGAGGAGAGGCUGCGUCUGGGGUAACAGUAGGAGCAGAAGAAGCAGAGGGAGACCAAGAAAAGGUCAAACCGAAGCUGACUUGUCCGCUAUGCCGUGGACAUAUAAAGGAAUGGGUGGCUGUGGAAGAUGCUCGAGGCUUCAUGAACGCGAAACAUAGAAGCUGUUCUUCCGAGAGUUGUGAGUUCAGUGGAACUUACUCUGAUCUGAGAAAGCACGCGAGGCUCCAGCAUCCAGGAGUAAGGCCAUCGGAAGCUGAUCCAGAGAGACAGAGAAGCUGGAGGAGGCUAGAGAGGCAGAGAGACUUGGGUGAUUUGCUUAGCACACUCCAAUCUUCUUUCGGAGGUGAAGAGAGAAGCAGCAGCAGCAGCAACGAUGAUGGGAUUCUGUCUUUUGAUGAUGGUGGUUGGCUUACAGUGUUCUUCCUCAUCCGUGUGUUUAGACCAGAAUCGAGUGGUGGAUCAAGGAGUAGUAGCUGGUCAGGGACGUCUAGAGCUAGGUCGCAUAUAGGUGUGAGCAGAAGAAGAUCUUCAAGGCUCUGGGGUGAGAGCUACGAAGGUGAUACGGGAGCAUCAUCUAGAGACGAAGAGAAUAAUCAGUCUUCUGAUGAACAAGAGUCAAGACGUCGUGUCCGAAGAAGAGCUUUCAUCGCUGAUGAUGAUGAAGAAGAAGAACCUUGAUUGGCUCUUUGUUGUUUAUGCAAAGAAAAUGGUGGAAACUUUGUUGUAAUAAUGAAAACCUAUUCUGUAAAAUUUUGAAAAAGCUUUUUUUAAUUGAGAAACAAAAUGUUCAAUAAUAAUUUUUACCAUUUUACAAAAUC